ACAGCGAGAUGUCUGAGCCGCCGCCGCAGCUGGGCGACAAUGACGACCCAGCUCGCCAGGGUCGAUCUCCAGUGUCUUCUGGCCUAGGAUCGCCAAUGCCUUCUGCAGCCGCUCGCGGUGGUGACGAGUGGAUGAUCCAAACCGCACCCACACCCACAUCACCGCUCUCAGACGACGCGAGCGACGCCACUGCGCACGACGACCCGUCUCACCCUGCUCCAGGCGAUGCUAAUGCCAUCCCAGUGACAGUGACGACACUGUCAGCGUCAUCGUCAUCGUCGUCCGCCCGGCUUGCUCGUGACGCGAGUGUCGAUUCGACGUCGGGCUCUCAGUUUGCAUCGCCGGCAACCAGUCCGACGAGCCAGCCGGACGCCUCUCCCACGGAUGCUCAUCAUCAGCAGCAUCAUCAUCACAGUGCUCGCAGUGCUGCUCUUGCGGAUGUUCUCGUCGUCCCGCCCCAGUCCCAGUCGCGCUCUGCUGCCGCAUCCACUGCCACCGCAGCGUCCAUCCUGCGCUCCAAGCCAGCGUCGCCCAGACAGACCACGCCGCUGCUCACUGCUGCCUCAGCCAUCGUCGACGCCGUUGUCAGCGCCUUCUCGCUGAGCAGCAGCAGCAGCAUCAACAGCAGCACGACGCCCGAGGUCAAUCCGCUGCUGCGCGCGACUGGCUCACCGCGCGUCAUUGGCUCAGCAUCGCCAGUCCAGUCGCCGUCGUCCAAUGCUGCCGCGACCCCGCGCUCGGUGAGCGUCUUUGCGUCGCCCGUGCUGUCGCCGGCGUCGGUGGGCAAGGACGACGAUACGUCCGUCCCGACACCGCCGAUUGAGGCGACGUGGAUUUGCGACCGGUACCAAAACCACCCGUUGACAGACAUAUGCCAGCGAUGCGACUACUCGGAAGAGGCACACGCCAUCUGCGGCCAUUUCAUCGACUCUGGCGGCCUGGUCGCUGGAUCGUGUGCGGUUUGUGGGCGCCACGAAUUCGACCACCGAGCAUGCACGUCGUACGAGGCCGAAACCGAGCGUCAGCGGAGCGCGUUGAAAGCAUCGCUGCCCAGUCUGCAAGAGCGGCAUCAGCAGGAUGUGCUGCAAAAGCAGCAAGAGUUUCGAGCCGUGUCCAACGCGCGCAAGAGUUUUGCCCGCCAGAACGCCGCGUCGCCCACCUCGCAAACCGACGAAUCCGGUCGCCUCUACCGCGUGAACAGCGAGGGCAGCGAUAUCGACGACUAUCCGAGAGAGGCGAGCAGCAACCCUGAUUCAACAAGUCAGCCGUCACAGAGCCAAAUCCUGAGCGCAUCCAAUCUCGGCACCGAGCGCGGCUCUUCCGCACAUGUUCAUCACAAAGAACAAGCGAAGGAGGCCAGCGACGAGGACGAUGAUGAACGAGAUGAUAAAGACGAGGAAAACGAAGACGACGAGGAAGAAGCGGAGGACGAAGACGAGGAAUCCCUUGAAAGCGACGAUGCCAGCAGCCGCAGCAGCAGCAGCAGCGGCAGCGAAGACGACGGGGCAGAGAGGGUCUGUGCACACUGCGGUCGCCACGAAGAAGACCACCAGGACGCAUGCGACCACUUUGAUCCCCAGAUUGAUGGUCUGGCACAAAACUCUUCCUCGGCGUUUCUCAACUUUCUCCGACAAAAGCCCUCGAUGCGGUCGUCGACGGCUGCUGCCGUGUUUCUUCCAGCACUAGUGGUGUGCUCCAAUUGCCGCCGUCCUGAAAUUGAUCACGAGCUGUGCGAGUUCUUUGAGGACGCUCAGGCGUUGCCUGGUUUCUGCGACAACUGCGGCCGACAAGAGUCCGAUCAUGAUCUCUGCGGCCGUUACACCAUCCAUGAGUCUGACACCAAUCGCUGCGACACUUGUGGUCGACUCAAAGAGGACCACGAGGCUUGCGACCGAUACAGCCCGGACGCGAACGGACAGUGCGCAAACUGCGGCAAGGCGUUCCACGACCAUGCCUGGGCCCAUUACAUGCGCAAAGAGCUGUCGCAACCGAAAUACCGUUACGGAUCCUUCGCCGAUGUUCACACCGCCACGCGAACCAAAUGGCUGGUUGAUGGGCACGACAUUUUCGAAGCGCUCUACCACUCAUUAACGCAAGCUCGGAAGGAAAUAUUUAUCACUGGCUGGUUUACCACACCGGAAAUCUUUUUAAAGCGCACCAAGGCGCAGGAAGCGUUGCCCAGUCGUCUUGAUCGUGUCUUGCUCUCGCGAGCGUCGGCCGGUGUCAAAAUUUACAUGCUGCUGUGGAACGAGACCAAGCUGGCUUUUCGUCUCAAUAGUAGCAAUGCCAAGAAGAUUCUCGAGUCUCUACAUCCGAAUAUCAAGGUCAUCACGCAUCCUGGCCCAACAGGACCUCUGAAUUGGAGCCACCACGAAAAGACGACCAUCAUUGAUCAGAAAGUUGCCUUUGUUGGAGGACUGGAUUACGCAUUUGGCCGUUACGACACACCAGCACACUCCAUCACCGAUCCUUGCCACAUGUUCAUGACCUGGCCCGGCAAGGAUUACUACAACCCCUCCAUCGUUUCUAUUGACAAUGUGCAUCGUCCAUUCGACGACGCUAUCGAUCGGAUGACUCAACCUCGAAUGGCCUGGCACGACAUUUGUGUUCGAAUCGAGGGUGGUGCCGCCAGAGAUGUUGCCGUCUCGUUCAUCCAGCGAUGGAACCAUCACAAGGAAAAUAUGGACUGUGGGCCGGACUACAUCUGUUUGCUUCCUCGCUCCACCAACUACUACUCGACGGAGAAAUCCAACGUGGACUCGUCCAACCAAACCGCUCGGGUAUCAUCGUCGGCACAGCGUCAGGAUGAUGCCGCAUCCAAGGCAUCUCGCACCACUCCAUUGAAACCGCUCGAUUUGGCCGCGGCGAGUAAACUGCCCAUUGUCGCACCUCAGCACUCUCUAAACUCGCCCCAGAGCAACGAAGCCAAGUGGCCAAGCUCAAGCUCGGGUGGGGCUGUGCCACAGGCUGCAACCAUUCUGGAAACCGCUUCUGGCAUGGUCGUCGACCGCCAAGGAUCCAUCUCGCCGACGCCCAUCAGGUCUGCGUCGUCUGAUGCGUUGCUGACACAAGUCCCAACAAGCGCACGAGCUUCUCUUUCGCCGAGCUCGGCCGCACCUCGUCUUCCCCGACACUCAGUGGGCUCCUCCACACCAAUCUCUGCUCCUGUGGCUCCUGUCACUCUGUCAGAGUCUGCGAGUUUGCUCAAAACGCACCUCUCCAACUCGAGCUCGGCCUCGAAUCACCCAACAGCCGCUUCACCAGACUACUGCUGGACCGAAUGCCAAAUUCUGCGAUCGAUUAGUCAUUGGUCGGGAAGCUUGGUGACGGAGGAUUCGAUUCAACAGGCGUACCUUGUGCACAUUGCCAAUGCGCAGCACUAUAUCUACAUGGAAAACCAGUACUUUGUGUCCUCUGCGGGAACAGCGCCAAAGGAAGGUACUCGGAAUAUGAUUGCGAAUGCGAUCGUCACGCGCAUUUCCAAGGCCAUCCGGGAAAAGGAAACCUUCCGCGUGAUUGUUGUCUUGCCUGUCACUCCAGAGGGUUCCUUUGUGGACGAAGUCACCGUGAGGUACACCAUGUACCUUCAGUACAAGACCAUCUAUCGCGGAUCUCAAUCGAUGCUGGGUCAACUCGCGGCCGAGUUUCCGGAUGUCGAUCUUUCGCGCUACAUUGGCUUUUUCGCGCUUCGUCAGCAUGGCGUUCUCGAAGGUCGAAGGGUCACUGAGCAAAUAUACAUGCACGCGAAAACAAUGAUUGUUGACGAUGUAGUCACCAUUGUCGGUUCUGCGAACAUUAACGAUCGCAGUCUGCUUGGGGACCGUGAUUCCGAAAUGUGUCUCAUCACACGCGACUUGUACUUUGUGGACGGAACCAUGAAUGGAAAGCCCCAUCGCGCAGGCCUGCACGCGUAUUCGCUUCGCUGUCGCCUGUGGCGCGAGCACCUGGGACUGGCUGAUGCCGACCUGCGCAUUCUCGAUCCCGUUGCUGAUUCGACGUACGUUGAUUUGUGGCUGAGAACGGCUCACACCAACACCGCCUUGUUUGAGCGACUCUUCCCGUACAUUCCGAGCGACAAGAUUCCAACCCUGAAGGCACUUGAGGCAAUCAAUGCAAAGUACAACGCGUCUGCUGCCGCUGCUGCGAGCACGGCUCUUGUUUCUGCCUUCACAUCGACUCCACCAAACACGACAUCCACCGCCGUCAGCUCAGAGUCGGGGUGGUCGCACAGUUUCAGCUGGCAUCACACGCGCGUCGCCACCACACACCUCUCCAAUAUGGUUUCGCUCGCGAUUCACGGCUCUGCCACCCAGCCAAUCGCACCGAGCAACGUGGCGAGUGCGCCAAUGUCGUCCACCUCGGUGCUCUCCGCCCUUGCCAACCAUCCGUCAUCGCCGCACUCGUCAUCGGCAAACCGUUCAGCCCCGACGCUGGCCCGCGCACCCACCGUCCCAUCGUCUCCACUGCUAAUGGCCAUAUCUGCUGCGGCGGACGAGCUCGGUGCGCUCUCCGACGACGACGUUGCUCGGCAAAUUACCGGCCAUCUUGUUCUGUAUCCCAUGCGUUUCCUGCACGAGUCCCUGAACCUGUCUUUGCUGGACUGGGGUGCCAACAUUGUUGUGCAGGACGUUGUGUUCCAGUGAGCUGCUGCUAUGGAGUUGAUGUCCAAAAUACAGUGUCUCAAUGCCCA